CAAAAAAUGAGCAGUCGGACUGCAAAUAGCUCGUCUAGAAACGAUGAAUCUUUGAGAACCGGGCAGCACAAAGAAAAUCCGAAUUACUGGGGAUUCGCCAACUUCCCGAAUCAAGUCUUCCGUCGAGCCGUCAAGAAUGGCUUCGAUUUUACGCUAAUGGUUGUUGGACGCAGUGGUCUGGGCAAAUCGACAUUCAUCAACACUCUGUUCCUGGCGGAAAUCAACAACUUGAACGAAAAAGAGUCGGCGCCGACUCAUCCUCAUCCGUCUACUGUUCGGGUUGAGGAAAAACUCGUGAAACUCGUGGAGAACAGUGUUUCACUUAAUUUGACACUUGUCGACACUCCUGGCUUUGGGGAUGCUGUCAAUAAUUCAAAGUGCUGGGAGCCAAUAGUGAACUACGUGGAGAGCAAGUUCUUUGAGCAAUUCUGUGAAGAGACACGUAUCGAUAGAGGAGAGAAGAUUGUCGAUAAAUGUGUUCAUCUCUGUUUGUACUUCAUUGAACCAUCUGGACACGGCCUGAAACCAAUCGAUAUUGAACUGAUGAAGCAUCUUCAUGGACGUGUUAAUAUAGUUCCAGUUAUUUCAAAAGCUGAUUGUUUGACACGUGAUGAGCUUCUCCGUUUCAAGAAACAAAUUGUCAAGGAUGCGGAGACGGCGGAGAUUAAGCUGUACAAGUUCCCAGAGCUCGAGGAUCCAUAUACGGAUAAAGUUGCAAUUGAAAAACUUCGAAAAGCACUUCCAUUCGCAAUUAUUGGCUCGAAUAUGUUGAAGGAAAAGGAUGGAAAAAAGAUUAGAUAUCGAGAAUAUCCAUGGGGAACUGUUGAAGUUGAGAAUAUGCAACAUAAUGAUUUUCUAACACUUCGUGAUAUGAUUAUUCGAACUAAUUUGAUUGAUAUGAUUGAUGUUACACGUAAUGUUCAUUAUGAGAAUUUCCGAUUCCGUCAAAUGGAGGGUUUGCCGAAGAAUGAGAAGAAUCGUGAUCCAUUCACUCAUCUUGAGGAGGAGAGACGUCAGAAGGAGCAAGAUUUGGAUGAGAAGCGGAAUACGUUGGAGAAGGUAUUCACUGAGAAAACGUCUGCUCGUAAGAAGCGAAGUGAUGAGAGAAUGUCUGCUCUCGAAGAGCUCGAACAACAAAAUAAGCAGAAAAUCGAUGCGAAACGUGCAGAAAUCAUUCGUCUCCGCCACGAGAUUAGUGAACUUAAAAAUGGAAAUCUGACGUCAUCACAGACAUCGUUGGCUAUGUACAAUGAGAAUAAUCACUCGCAGAAUUCCACGUUGAACUCCACCACAAAAUCGAGUCCCCCGCCGACGAGUGCCACGUCAUCAUCGUCUGGAACAAUGAAGAAACGAAUGGGCGGUCUCGGAUUGUUUAAUCGAAACUAAUUCCCUCAUUUUUUAAACGAAAAUUCGAAUUAAUUUAAAUUUAACCCUUUCUAACUACAAUUUUCCCCGUUGUAAAUGGUCAAUUCACAAUUAUUGAUUAUUUCUUCAAUUUUUAUUGUACAAUCCUUCUCUCUUCGCAUAAUUUAAACAUUUUACUCUUUAAACCAUUUUUUCGCUGAAAAAAAUGUUUUUGUUUCGAAGUGCCUGUCAUAAAAUGAUCAU